GAAUGCCUGACUCGGCCGCACACUGAGAAGUCAGAGUUUGUGCUUCAAGACUAAUCAAGCAACACACUAUGGCAACCAUUGGUGAGAUCAUCCCAUUCGCUAAGGAGAUGCUGCACCAGAGGCCCAGCCGGGGCAUGCUGAAGAUCUACAUGCUCGGCUCCACUCUGGCGAUGCUCGGAGUCGUCGGUGGACUGGUGGAAACUGUCCUCCUGCCAUUUGUGGAGCAGGAGACAGCUGAGGACGCACCAGAAGAUCUGAUGGUGGAGAAGAAGAAGGAGAAGAAGCAAGUUUUAAAAACAGACACUACUGUUAUUACCCCUGAGGUUGUGAACGUGUUGGAGAUGGCAGUGAUGGAGGCCAAGGCCAAGCAGCUGGUGACUGCUGUGCAGAGAAGCUCCCACCGUUUACAUGCCUCUUAGAGAACCCCUCCUCUCCUGUAAAUGGACCCAACACUUGAUGGUGAUGCUGGUAAAUUAAAUCACCAUGUUGAACUGG